GAGAUAUUAAAGUUGGCCAGGACAAAAAAAUAAAUAACAGCAAAUUUUGCUUAAGAUUUUUUUACAUAUUGCAGUUAAGGUUCAACAAAAAUGAACAAAUUUAAGAAAUGUUUGUCUAUUCUAAAUCAGUUGACGUCAUUUUUUACAAAUGUCAAUUGCAUCUUAACUGUGAAAUAGCAGAUCUAAUGUUUUUCUAUUUUUAGAGAAUUCGUCAUAACUUAUGACAGUAAACAAUCGGAUUCAUAGUUAUUUAUAGUUCUGUUCUAAAACUUCCUCAUUUCUGUUAUUACUUUUGCAAGUAUAAAAUUUGACACAAAUAUAUACACUACACUACGUCAAAAUGAAUUUCGGAUCUGACUAUGUGUACAUGUAUGAGGAGCCAAGUUUUGAGUACAUUUCUGAUGAAGAGUUAGAAGGUGGAAUGAAUGUGAGUGACUCUGACUCAGAUUCACCUGACGAAGAACAUCAUGUACGAAUAGAUGCAGCUUCCACACGUUUGGAAGAAGAUAAUGUUUAUUCAGAUCCCGGCCCUGUUCCACCAACAAGUGGUGCACAUUUAUUCUGUGCAGCAGGCCCUCCCCUACCACCACGGGCACCACCACGGGCACCACCACGGGCAAAAAAGCCAAAGUCUCACUGGAAGAUGGGAAAAGGUAAAGAAGGUUCAGACCCCAUACCUCAGAAUCAUAGGCGUGUAAGACAAGGGGACACAAAUGUUGUGACAGUAAAGUUUGACAAGCUGAUAGCUCCAAGUAACAUGCACGCUGGGGACGCUCAAUCAUGUACCAACUGUGCAGCCAUCUUGUCUAAAAUCAGCAAGAUUGAUAUUCUCGGAGAGGAGAAGGUGUGGACUUGUGAGUACUGUGAAACUAGAAACGUUGUAGAUAUUGAAGAAGAGGAGGUGCCUAAAGAGGCAGACGUCACGUUUAUGUUAGAACCAGCCCUCUCCACAACAGCUAGUGGACCGACUGGCCUUGAUGAGUCACUUGUUAUCUUCUGUGUUGAUGUGUCUGGUAGUAUGUGUGUAACAACUGAGGUGCCUGGCCAUGUUGAGCUCAGAGGUGCGUCAGAUUUACGACGUGCUCAGGCCUUGAAUCGUGAACGUUCUGACCAAUUCCUACCACGUCAACGCCGAAAUGUUACCUAUAUAUCUAGACUGCAGUCAGUUCAGGCAGCCAUUGAUCAUCAGCUUCAGGAGAUGGCAAAAGAAUACCCAAACAGACGUGUGGCCAUAGUUACAUUCAGCAAUGAGGUGACAGUGGUUGGCGAUGGAAAAAUAGAUUCAGUUGCUAUUGCUGGGGAUAAGCUUGGUAACAAAGAUACCCUAAAAACUGUUGCUAUGGAACAACCAUUCCCAGAAGCUAUUAAAAAUACCAGGCAACAACUUGGCCAAAAAUUGUUUGAAUUAGAAGAAUGUGGGCCUACAGCACUUGGACCAGCUUUAUUGGUGUCAACAACUAUGGCAUCAAAGGUUCGUGGGUCAAAGGUUAUUCUGUGUACAGAUGGUCUUGCUAAUGUUGGGAUGGGAAAACUUGACAAUCACAAGACUGACCAGGAGCUGGAAGAUGCUAUUAAAUUCUAUGAUGAAAUUUCUGACAAUGCUUUGGAAAAUGGAGUUUCUAUAUCAGUAAUAACAAUAAAGGGCACUGAUUGUAAACUUGUUGAGAUUGGAAAAAUGGCAGACAAAACUGGAGGCCAGGUGAACAUAGUUGAUCCAUUAAAACUGACACAAGAAUUCAGUACAAUCCUGGCUAAUAAAAUCAUUGCUACAAAUGUUGUUGCAACAUUCAUUCUACAUAAAGAAUUGUAAGUAUUACUAUAUUAUAUUACCUUCAAGACAGACCACUUAUAAGAU